GUGUGUGUGUGUGAGAGAGAGAGAGAGAGAGAGAGAGAGAGAGAGAGAGAAAUGGUAAUAAGUACAUAAAUUCACGCAAAAAAAAUAGUGAACAGUGCAAUAGUGCAUUUGACAUAUGAGUUUUACUGCUUCGUAUUAUUGGGUAGGACUAGUUCUUUUUGUUUUGUUUUUAACGGUUUGUACUGGAUUAUGGGUUGACUGCAUUACAAAUGGCAAAUUAAAUAAUUCUUUUGGUUUGUUAUUUCAAGUGCCCCACAUCGUUUGCCCCUCUUCCUAUGUUAGCCUCAUAAUAAAUGACGCGUCAGCGUCUACGCGCAGUUCAUAGAAGUUCAAGCCCGUGGAAAAUAAAAUAUAGGCGUAGUUAAGAGGGACGGCUCGUAUAGGAAAGUUUAAACAGCCGCGAUCGUUGGCCGUAGCUACAGUUGCAAAGUAGUUCAAAGUCAUGUGAAUCCUCGAAACGUUUCGCAGAGGUAAUUGUGCCGUCCGCGCCUAUGAGCGAGCUGGAUGGCGCUCCUCAAUACAGACAAUAGAGCAGCAGAUAACGGGCGGGGCUGCGCGCGUCAGCGGGGAGACUUUUAUCUUUUAUUUAUUUAUUUUUUUGUAUGUUGUAAUAGAAGGAUAUAGACACCCGACCUCGAUGAGGUAUAGAGGGAAAGAUCUAAUUAAGGAAAUGUUGCGACGAGUUGUUACCACAAGGAAACAUUUACUGAACCACAAAGAAUUUGGUCGUUUUUUUCUAGAUGAAUAGGCUACGUAACGGUCUCCGUUGUCAGAUGAUAUCAUCAUUCACAGCUUGAGUAUGCAAACACACGCCUUAAUUGCUUUAAUAUUUUAGGAGUUUUUGAGAGAGUGCCCUUGUUGGCAUGCGAGCGCACAGAAAUGUAAGUUUGCUAUUGCGUAGCCUGUGGUAUCAUGUUCUGCUUUGGUGUCUCUCCUUGAGAAGUCAGUCUAAUUUCCGUGAACUGAAAUAUUAGACAGCUCCAGUCAGGUGUUUUGGACUGGCCACGACCACGAGUUUUCAAAAUGCAUGCGUGCGUCGCAGCAAAAACGCGCCCAUAACGGUUACCACGUCAACUAUUGCGGAUCUUACGCAGUGAAAGGACACUCACGUCUGUCCAGAGGUUCUCAUGAGUGCGUGCGUGUCCUUGUUGGUAUAUUUAAACGCAGAAGUCCAGUAUGCAUUUAAAAGCUCCUAUGUGGUGUCGUUAUCCUGCUACCUGACUGCUACUUACCCUCUUUCGCGCCAGCAUAUGUCAGCCCUAUCGUCACGUUACAAACUGACUCAGGUGCACCUAGCUUCUGUCACGGAUCAUUGAAAAAAACCAUCCACUUUGGAUACUUUGAGCAGUUGUAAACAGUGUAAAGACAUUCUUACAUGUCCCUAAAUUAACCUUUACCAGGCAUAUCUUGGACUUGGACUAUGCACACACAUAUGUCAUAAAGAUUGCUUCAGACUGGAGAUGUAAUAUAAUUGAUAAAAGGCUUUCAUACAGCCUUUACUGUAUUUCUAUAACUGUGGAGAUACAGCCUGUGUGGUAUUUCUAUAACUGGAGAUACAACCUGUACGAUAUUUCUAUAACUGGAGAUACAGCCUGUGCGGUAUUUCUGUAACUGUGGAGAUACAACCUGUACGGUAUUUCUAUAACUGUGGAGAUACAGCCUGUACGGUACUUCAUGUGAAAGCCCCCAGCCUGCCCUAAAGGUGCUCAAUCCAGUCCUCAAUACCAGCCACAUCUGGAUUUUGACUUCUGCAAGUACCAACAUGCAUUACCCAGGUAACACAGAGCUCUGCUCCCUUAUAAUUACCUGAUUCUUGUGCAUUAUGCACUGAAAACAGAACAAACAUCUGGUCUGGCAUAAGAUCCGCAUGGACUGGACUGAACUACGCUGCCCUAACCAGAGCUCCUGGCACAUCAGAAGGCUGUCAUUUGCUUUAAUAACAACAGUCAGCGCUGGUUUCUCUGGGUUACUGACCUAAGGCUCUGGAUCUGUCAGCACGGGUUUCUCUGGGUUACUGACCUCGGGCCCUGCCCACUCACAUCUGUUUUUCUUUUCCCAGUACUGAAUGAAGAGUGUAAGUGUUUCCUGUUGUUCUUCUCUCUUUGUGAACUCUCUUGGCAACUCUUGUAUAAAAUCUGGACCCGUUAAUUUGGUUUCUAUUUCUGCUGCAUUUUCUACCUUGAUGUGCGAUGCUCUGGUUUGUGAAUGUGUGUGUGUGUGUGUGUGUGUGUGUGUGUGUGUGUGUGUGUGUGUGUGUGUUUAGUUGCGGUUCAUGAACUGCAUAUUUUUUGUUCUGUCACUUUGUGGUGUCCUGUCUGAAGCGCUGUUUUCUGUCUUCCCCAUUCACACACUUCAUUCCCUGUUGUGAGUCUCUGUGCUGCUGGCAGUAGCUGUUGAUUUUGAGGGAACACUCUGGAAACCCUCCGGGAACACUGCGGAAACCCUCCGGGAACCCUCUGGGAACUCUCAUCUUUUUAUUCUCAUCUUUGCCUGUCUGCAAACCUGGCAGCAAUGUUAAGACUUUGUGUUACACGAAAGCUCGCCCUGCACCGCACAGUGACAUCAGGAUCUGGUCCUGUUUCAUCGUCAGGCGAGAGGAUCACAAAGGAAGAGGGCCGUAAAUCUAGGACACAAGUCCUGGAUUGUACGUUGACUGAGGCUCACUGAUCUUUAGCAGAUGGGAUCAUAGUCGGGACAUUUUUGUUAAUAACUAUUGCAAUAUUGACCGUUAUAUUACUGCAUUAUUAUUAUCAGCACAGACUGUAAAUUAGACCCUUUAUUGUUUUAUUGGCUGCUGUUCCUUCCUGCGUAAUUUCUUUCUGGUUUGUUCCGUUGGAUGUUUUGAUGAUUCAGUGUAUUCGAGUGAUCCAAAUAGUUCUAAUUAAAAUAAUAAAAGUUUAACCAUGUUAGAUUAAUGGUUUACUUAUUUCAUUAUACUGGAAGACAUGCGUAACUUUUUUCCAUAUUGUGUAUGCCUAGUUUCCCCAAGCAGUGCUGGAGAUAAUAAGGUGAUGAAUGAGUCAGGUGUGUCGGAACAAACCCUGCCCUGUCGUGUCCCUCGGGCAGGGGAGCAGAGAAGACCCGUUGUUGAAUCUCUGCGGGACUCUGUAGGAUCUCAAAGCUAUGCCAGAGCGACUCUGAGCCACCGUGAGCCUCCUGCAGGCAUAAACACCACCACCUACUACACCUGGGUCAUGCUAGGACAGCAGCAUGUUUCCAACUGUGUUCCUGAAGACGUAACCUUUCUGUUAGGAGUUUAGCCCGGGCGUUAAUCUAACGCACACUAAAAACAGCUCAUUCAACACACUAAAAACAGCUCAGUCAACGGCGGAGGAGGCUGCUUUCUGAGACGAGGUGUGCUGAGCUAAUCUGUCCGUGAUGUGAAAGGGUGUUUACUGCUGCGCUGAUGGCCUUUGUACUGUGGAUCUGGCACAUCACUGCCUUUUCCUGGACCUGAAAGGUUGGGACAGACGAGCGUUCAUGAUGUGGCCGAUAUGUUGUACCACGUAUGAUGUUAGUGGACGGUGGAGGGGAUGUCUGUCUGUGUGUACACAUGAGCUUACAAGUAGCAGGAACUUUCCAAGAUCAGACAAGUUCUCCUUAAACAGUGUGUGGUGUCCUGUGCAUUUAAAAUUUAGAAAAUGUUCAAACUGUUUGUAACUGACAUUUCUCUUUCCUGUUGCUAUGGUAAUUUCAGAAGUACCAGUUCCAAAUCCUGGAUAUCUUGUUUAAAAAUGAUGAAAGAAUUACAUCUGAACUCACUAAAAGUAUGGAUGAGCAGACACUGAAACACUGAGCUGAAAAGAAAAAAAAAUGCUUGCAUCAUCAGAAGAAGUGAUUUGUAAAAAAUCACCCGUAAAAAAUCAAACACCCUAAAUGCAGUAUGGACCUGUACCUGGAGGAGCAGGCGCUAGCAACAUCAAAGUCAUGGGUUCAGGUCCCAGCAAGCGAUGAUUCCCAAGUUCCACAGCGAUGUUGUCCAGAUGUUGUCACCAGCAGAGCAGAACACAAGAAAACAAAAUAAAAAAUAGUAUCAGUGUGAGUGACUGAAAUGUAACUGGACACAGUCUCCUUUUUCACAGAUAGACAUUAAUGUGAGUACUAUUAUGUGAAAAAUUGAAAGUAUACCUAGAAUAUAUAUAACCAGUAUCAUUAUAAGUCAUAACUCCUUAUGCAGCUGGUCUAAAAUUGUCCUGUGUCACGCAAUCUGUGUUAAUCCAACACUAUACAUGUGACUCUAAACUGCAUGAGUUUAGCAACAUUCAAAUAAUUCUAUCUUGUAUAUGUAAUUUAUUCCAGAAGUCUGGUAAUGUGUACGUAGGGAGCUUCUGUACACUGAGCAAUAAAUAUUUACUAUUUCUAUUCUAACAAUAUUUCCAGUCAUAGAUAAAGCAAAGUUCUAAUCUGGCCAACAUUACAUCCAUUAAGAAAGUAAGAUGUGUUGAAAGAAUGGAGUGAGCACUUAUCACUGACUGCGGUCCUGACCAGUCAUACAGGUAAACGUUUGAAAAUGGUGAAAUGGUCCUUGAAUUGCUUUGCGAAUGUAAUCCAAGUGAAAAUAAGCAGGGUUGUUCAGUGAGAGGUGAGAAAUCAGAAACCGGGAUUAUUUUCAUCUGUUAAGAUUUAAAGAAGACAGUGGCUCAUGUAAUUCAUAAUAAAGAAAUGAAAUUUGUCUGUAUAAAGGAAUAAAGUUCAGCAGUGACAGGCGUUGACGUGACCUGUUCUCCGAGAGGGCUGAUGGGUUGCCAUACGUUACGGUGUGGGAGACUGAAAUGCUUUAGAUAGCACGUCUCUCCAGCUGUUGUGAGAGUCUGGUAUCCGGGAUGAGAACCUGUAAUUACUGUCAUGGGUUCAUAAUCAGGGGCACAUGAUUUAAAUCUGCCAAGAGUGGGGGUGGGAGGAAGAGGGAGGGCAAGAGAGCAAGAGACAGUGUGUGCAUGCGGGGUAAGUAAAGGGUGAGAGGCGGAUGUAAAGCCAGCAUGAAGAAAGCAGUACGGACAAUAAGAAACAAGAAGUGGAGCGUUCAGCACAACGCUGUAGAGACCAGCGAAGAGAGCUCAGCACGAAGUUGUAGAGACCAGUGUUUGGCAACAACAGAGAUCAGUAAAGAUCAAGUGAGAAAGGGGGAAACAGUGAGGGAAAUGAAUGGAUAAAUGUAUGUGUGUGUGACAGAGAGCGAGAGGUUGGGAAUCAAAUGCUUGCUGAUAUGCAGUCCGUCAUGCCCUCAUGGUUCUGGCCCGAACCCAACUACAGGUACCGGCCCUCUGGACCCAACAGGCGAGCCUCCGGCUCUCUCAUGGAGCUCACCAUUGACGUGCCCUGCUCCUGCCCCAGCUGUGGCAAGUGUAUCCUCAGGAUGCAGUCCAGCCGGAGGAAGAUGAAGUUCCUGGGACUGAUGAUGAUGCUCAACUUCUUCAUUUACUUUCUCGUGGAGAUAUCCCGGAGCUACAGCCAGGGCAAGUCGGAUGCAGCCCAUCCCAACAUUCCACACAAGCAUUUUUGGAGGAAGUCCAAACUCAGUGAGGCGUUCUGGAACCGGAAGCAGCAGCAUCUCGACCAGAUCGAAAACCCUCAAAUGCUUUACCACAGCGACAGUAGCAACAGCAGCAACACAUCCCAUCUUGAGCUUGCCCAGAUCUCACACAAGUGGAACUACAAUUCAACUGGGACAGCAGGCCAUUGUGAGCCAGACCUUGAAAUGGCCACACAGAUUAAAGACUACAAUUCCCUGCCACAGCGCUUCAAGGACUUCCUGCUCUACAUGCGGUGUAGGUCGUACCCGAUGUUAACAGACGCGCCCGGUGUGUGUUCAGAACCGACCUUCUUAUUAUUUGCAGUGAAGUCGCUGGCGCAUCAUUUCGACCGGCGGCAGGCCAUCCGACAAUCGUGGGGUCGCGCAGGCGUCCUCGGCAACCACCGCGUGGCUGCCGUCUUCCUCCUCGGCAACACGGCACCGAUCGACCACUUCCCAAACAUAUCUGCACUGGUCCACCAUGAGGCGAUGCUGCAUGGGGACCUGCUCCAGUGGGACUACCGUGACACAUUCUUCAACCUCACCCUGAAGGAGGUGCUGUUUCUGGAGUGGCUGGGUGACCGCUGCCCCUCCGCCCGCUACGUCUUCAAGGGCGAUGACGACGUCUUCGUGAACACCCACCACAUCCUGCGAUACCUUGACGGCUUGUCGGGCACUAAAGCGCGAGACCUCUUCGUCGGAGAUGUAAUCACCAAAGCCGGGCCACACAGAGACAAAAAGCUUAAAUACUACAUUCCUGAGAGCGUCUUUGUGGGGCAAUAUCCGCCAUAUGCCGGUGGUGGAGGGUAUCUCUACUCCGGCGAUGUGGGCCUUCGGUUGAGGAACAUGUCGCACCAUGUUUUGCUGUACCCCAUCGAUGACGUCUACACAGGCAUGUGCCUGCAGAGACUGGGCCUUGUGCCGGAAAAGCACAAAGGUUUCAGGACGUUUGACAUCGAAGAGAAAUACAGAGAGAAUGCAUGUGCCUACCAAAGCUUGAUGCUGGUGCACCCCAGGAAUCCACAGGAUGUGAUAAAAAUCUGGAGCUGGAUCAAUGACCCAAAAUUGAACUGCUAGUGUGGACUGAUGGUUCUAGACUUGAUCAGCUGAUGCUGAUUUAUAUUAAUCAGCAAUCAAAACAGAUGGCAAAUAUCUGAUCUCAGAUCAGUGACCACAGACUGAACUGCAAACUGGAGGUUAUUCUAGACCAGAGGCUCUUAGUCCAGUCCCGAAGGUUCCCCCAGCCGGAACAGGGUUUCCUUUUACAGCUCCUCAUACUCUUGAACCAGCUAAUUAAGAGGACCUAGCACUUAAAAUAUAGAAUACAUAUGUGUACUUGCUGAUGGUUCCUGAGGACUAGAUCCAGAACCUACUAUGCUAGAGGACCAAAAUCUGAUGUUCUGUUAAUUAUCUUCUGUUGAGCUUCCAGUGAGAUGCAGGUUAGGUAAUGUUUGACAUUGAAUCAAGAACCUCGGAUUGUCAUCUUGUGGGAGAGUUCUAGAUCGCUAAUGUCUGAUUUUGCAGCCAAGAUCUUGAAUGAACUUAAGUGAAAGGAAAUUCUUCCUGGCUGGUCGUUGAUGUACUUAGAUGCAUCAAUCCUCUGAUCAGGAAGCACCAUUCUCCAUUUUACACUGUAAAAAUAUUUAUUUAGUUCAAAUUCUCAGGAUGUUGACUGACAUAGGAUCACUUUCAGUUCACAGGAAGUGGGACUGGAGCUAAUGUAAACUGUAUUUCAGGUGUGUCAGUGUCAGAGACCUGGUCUAGAAUCAUGUGGUAUAGAACACAAAGGGAUGUCUUGGAGAUUAGGAGCCUUUAAGUGAAUCAAACCUUUUUUUUCUUGAGCCUUAUUAAUGUUGUAUGCUUCACAGUGAAAGAAACCUGGAUAAUUUUUUCAUAUUACCCUGUGAGUGUUAAGCACAGCUAGGAUAACAUCUACUUUCUCAUGUCUAACAAAUGAGGAUAUUGUAUCUCUUAAUAGUGGCAUCUGACAUUAGGACCAUAGUAUUUCCUGUGAUCUUUCUUUCUGUAAUGUGUAAUAUGUAGUCUGAUGCCACUAAUCAGAGCUUUAAUGGCAUAGGUUAUAGCAUCAAACAUUGGUUUGUCUAUGAAAUAUGAUAUGGGUUAUACUCUGUCUGGUUGGCCCAGCUAAGACCUCAGGAUGCUCAGGAUUCCAUUAUACAUGGUGAUUAAUUUUAAUUUAUCUAAUUCAUUCUAAUUACUAAUUAAAAGUGCAAUGUUUAAAACCCUAAACAAAAGGUUAUCAAUCCUGCACUUGACAGUCAUCCAACAGUUAACGCUUCUGCAUUCCGGAAUGUCCUGCAACACUGGUAUGCUAGUACACACAUUAAGAUUGAGUUUUGGGCUCAGUCUGAAAUGGCUGAAAUGAAGUGUAGUUCAUAGGGUACAAAAGCCAUAAAAGUAUGAAGUGCACUAGAAAGAAAGAAAAAAACUGUGAACAUUUCAUUCCCUGUUUUAUAAGCAUUUGUAGCCUUCAGCAUUAGGCUUGGUCUGUUUACAUAUUAGGUGGGGCAGGAAAUUAUGUAAUGUGACUUCAUACAGGCUAAAACCCAAUCUCAAAAAUCUUACUUUUAAAAAAAGAUUUGAACAUUUGGGGACAAUAUUUGGGGACUGAAUUUAAAUAAAUAAAUAAAUAAAUAAAUAAAUAAUAUAUAAUGUACUUCACGUUUUUAGAUAAAAAUGCAGAUCUAUUUACUUGCUUGUUCUUUAAUCUGGACCAACACCGAGAUAGGGCAGGACUGAAGUUUAGUGUUCAAGUACAUGUGUCUUGUCUGACCGUCUCUUGUAAUACAGACAAGUGCCUUCAUGCCGCGCAUGGAAUCACAUUAUGAUGUAAUAAUAAUUUCUUUACACUUGGCCAAGACAGUUAGCGGGAAAUGACACAAUAUUGCGCGCGAACACAAUAGAACGUGCUUUAUGAGAGGUGCUCACAUGCUCGUCAGUCUUCUAUUAUUUUCUAUCAGUUUUGUAAUAUGAAUGUUGCAUGUUUCCGCACCAAAGGAAUA